AUGGCUGACGGAAUUAAGAACUUUCCCCCCGUGCGGGCCUGUCUCUUUGACAUGGAUGGCCUCCUGAUCGACUCGGAGGAUAAAUACACGGAUAUCACGAACUCAAUUCUCGCCAAAUACGGCAAGGGUAAACUUCCCUGGGAAAUUAAGGCACAGCUCCAGGGACGUCCGCAGCCAGAUGCCGCCCGAAUUUUCCACAACUGGGCCCAACUCCCCAUCUCGCACGAAGAAUACAUGACGCAAGUCUCAGCACAACAAGCCCAAUUCUUCCCCGAAAGCCAGCCCCUCCCUGGCGUCCCCACCCUCCUCCAGAACCUCGUCGCAACCCAAAACACCUCAAGUCCAGUCUACAUCGCGCUCGCAACAUCCUCGCACUACAAAAAUUACAAGCUAAAGACCGACCAUCUCGGCGAUCUCUUCUCCCUCUUCCCUGAACCGAACCGCGUCCUCGGCGACGACCCGCGGAUUGGCAAGGGCCGCGGGAAACCACUACCCGACAUCUAUCUGCUUGCACUGGAGACGAUCAACGCUGAGCUAAGGGAGAAGGGAGAGAAGGAAAUCACGCCAGAGGAGUGUCUUGUUUUCGAGGAUGCGGUUCCGGGUGUUGAGGCUGGGAGACGCGCGGGAAUGAGGGUAAUCUGGUGUCCACAUCCGGGGCUCCUCGGGGCGUAUAAGGGCCGUGAGGCGGAGGUGUUGGCUGGAUUGACUGGAGAGCAUAAAGAGGAGGAGAAGUCUGAGCAGGAAAGGGAGGCUCAGGGCCUCGUUGCCGGGAGGUUGCAGAGUGCUGGAUCGCCUGGGAAGCUGGAUGAUGGCUUUGGUGAGUUGUUGACGACGCUGGAGAACUUCCCUUAUGAGAGGUAUGGGAUUCGACUUGCGGAUUCGUGA